AUGAAGCUACAGAUAAUUGUUCAACAUGUGAAAUUAGAUCGCAAGCUCCUGAAGCCUCAGGUGGAGAGAAAGAGGCGGGAAAGGAUCAACCGCAGCCUGGAGACACUUUGUAAGAUGCUGAUGCAAGACAAAGACAACAACCAGAAAAGAGCAGAGAAAGCCGAGAUUCUGGAGCACACGGUUGCCUUCCUGAAGACCAGUGAUGUCCAGAGUGGUUUCCAGAGCGGUUUCUCCUCGUGUCUUCAGAGGGCGUCCGAGUUCCUCCACACGGCCGGUCUGACCAGAGAGCAGCAGGAGAGUCUCUCGUCUCGUCUAGACAUGGUGGCGUCUCGCCUGGACAUGGUGGCGUCUCGCCUGCAUUCUCCUCCUCUUCCUCCUCCUCCUCAUCAUCAUCUUCACCACCAGAAGCCUGGCGCCGCCGUGCCCCUCUCACCCCCCGUGGUCUCUAGGCAACCGAGCCCCCGGGCAUCAGCGCUGAAGGCCCUGCUAAGCCACAGGUGGGCAGGUGACCUCACUUCCUGCCACGUGACGUCACCAAGAGGUGAGAGGACGGGGAUGGCGGCCAGUAACCAUGGCGACAGGAAGACUCCCUGCACCCCGCCCUCCGCAGCUCGCCCCUCCCCCUCUGCCCCCCUCACCACGGCAACCACACCCGUCUCCAAGACAACCUGUCACCCACGGCGACUCCUGGCCCCCGCCCAGCCCAUGUGGAGGCCCUGGCCCUGAAGGACAGCUGUCAAUCAGGACUGUUGCAUAGCAACCAAUCAAAAUAUCAACAAGGACUGUGGCUUGGCAACCACUCAAACUGUCAGACAUGAGAGUUGCUGAGCCU